UGUCGAUCGUUAUAAACCACGCCAUUGACACUAUUCUUUCUUAUGUACAUCAGCUUUAUCUACUGGUUAAACCAUAACAACUGCUACCGGUAAAAUUACACGCGCAAAAAUUAUUAUGUUUUGUCUCAAAAGUUCGCUGCGUUAGUGGUAUUUCCGGUUCCGGUUUUGGAUGAAAUAGUUUGGCGUGGCUUAGUUAGCCUCGUUUUGAUAGCCGAGCUUGUUCAAGGAAACCGUGUUUUUGGAACAGUGACUCAUUUCGGUAGUCAAGAAGAGGAAUUGGGUUGGGAACGUGGAGAAAUUCAACAUGCCUUUGGCGUAUUUAGCCGACCCUUGGCAGAAAAUGAAAAUACACGAAGAGACGGAGGUUGCAGAUGAAGAAAUGACUGAUGAAAAUAAAAAUGGACCUUUUGAGGAAACAUCUUCGCUUAUCGAUGUUGCCGAAGAAUUUGUGAAUUCGAAGGCAUGCCAGAAAGCCGACCCUUCGCAAUUCGAACUGCUGAAAGUUCUCGGACAGGGAUCCUUUGGCAAGGUAUUUUUAGUGCGCAAGUUGACGGACGCCGAUGCGGGAAAUCUUUAUGCAAUGAAAGUUUUGAAGAAAGCAACUCUUAAAGUUCGUGAUCGUCUGAGAACGAAGAAAGAAAGAGACAUCCUGGUAGAUGUUCAGCAUCCGUUCAUUGUUAAACUUCACUAUGCUUUCCAAACAGAAGGAAAAGUUUAUUUGAUUCUUGAUUUUCUAAGAGGAGGGGAUUUAUUUACAAGGUUAUCAAAAGAGAUUAUGUUUACAGAAGAGGAUGUGAAAUUCUACUUGGCGGAGUUAGCUUUAGCUUUGGACCAUCUUCACAAGAUUGGAAUUAUUUAUAGAGAUCUAAAACCUGAGAAGGCCAAACUUGGUAUGCCUCAGUUCUUAUCCCCUGAUGCUCAAAGUCUUUUGAGAAUGCUGUUCAAAAGGAAUCCAGCAAACAGAUUAGGUGUUGGUGAGAAUGGCAUUGAAGAUAUCAAGGCACAUUCCUUCUUUUCAUCCAUAGAAUGGGAGAAAUUAUACAAAAAAGAGCUGAGGCCCCCAUUCAAGCCUGCAGCUGGGAGAGCAGAUGAUGCAUUCUAUUUUGAUCCUGAGUUUACCUCCAAGACACCACAAGAUUCCCCAGCUGUUCCUCCAAGUGCCACAUGUCAUCAGCUCUUUAGAGGGUUUAGUUUUGUGGAUCCAUCACUUGUACAAGAGGAAUCUGAUCAAACAACAUCCAAUGGACCUGAAAAAAUGGAAACUGACCAUAGACCUUUGCAUAACAUCUUCCAGAUAAGAACAACAUCCAUCCUUGAAGAAUAUGAUAUUAAACAGGAAAUUGGAAGAGGAUCAUAUUCAGUAUGUAAAAAAUGUAUUCACAAAGCAUCAGGGGGAGAGUGUGCAGUCAAGAUUGUAGAUAAGAGUAAACGAGAUCCUACAGAAGAAAUUGAGAUUCUUUUACGAUAUGGAAGCUAUCCAAAUGUGAUUCACCUCAGAGAUGUGUUUGAAGAUGACAAAAAUGUGUUCAUGGUGAUGGAGCUCAUGAAGGGUGGAGAACUACUGGAUAGAAUAUUGAAACACAAGAGUCUAUCAGAAAGAGAGGCUGCUCUUAUCAUGUACACUCUGGCUAGCACAUUUACUUUCCUUCAUGAAGAAGGGGUUGUACACAGGGAUUUAAAACCAAGCAACAUCAUGUACGCGGACGACAGCGGCAGCCCCGAGUCUCUGAGGAUAGUUGAUUUUGGGUUUGCUAAACAGAUCCGCGCGUCAAAUGGUCUGCUUAUGACUCCAUGUUAUACGGCAAAUUUCGUGGCUCCAGAGGUGCUCAAGAAACAGGGAUACGAUGCGGCUUGUGACAUCUGGAGCUUGGGCGUUCUUCUUUACACCAUGCUAGCUGGGCAAACACCAUUUGCUGUCGGCCCAGAAGAUUCUGCAUCGGUCAUUUUGUCAAGAAUCGGGGAAGGAAAGUAUUCCCUUGUGGGAGGAGCCUGGGACCAUGUCUCAGAUGUUGCCAAGGAUUUAGUCAGACAGAUGCUUCACGUUAAUCCAAGACUGCGGCUGACAGCAAAACAGGUUCUUCAACACCCAUGGGUGGUAAGUCGUCAUCAACUACCUCAGCACAGGCUUCACCAAGUCAGCAGUGUGUCAAGAAUUAAGGAAGCUGUCAAGGCAACUUUCUCCGCCCUCUCUUCCCCUGACAACAAGCGGCUUAAACCCGUCCAUGCCUCGCUGCUGGCACAGCGAAGAACGAGAAAGAAGUCGCCAAAAUAAACGAUGGGGCGUUUUUUGUACGCACUCAUCCUUUUGUAAUGAUACUUUGGUACGUGUUAUAGAUAAGAACAUUUUUUACGUUCUUGAACAAGUGAGAUAUAGAUAACCCACAAAACCUUCGUUAUCUCCAUCCAUCUGGGUGCAGUGUCCCGUAUGACGAGACCAAGUUGAUGCAACAGUCAUCGCGGGCUCACUUGAUACUCCAUACGGAGUUUUGGUUCAACCCUUUAACUCCCAAGAUCUCAUUAGUAAUUCUCCUUACUGUCUGCCAUAUAGUUCUUGUGAUGUUAGUUCAAAGAAUUUGGUACUGGAUCAACUAAUAAUCCUCUAAUUGAUAUUGUUCUUUAUUCUCAUUGCUUGUCCACUUGACAUCGUAUCGAUAUUGUAAGGAGAAAUUCUGUCUUUGUCACUCGCGGGAGUUAAAGGGUUAUAACGUAUGGUGAUGCUCUCCUCAGGUUGUUUGUCUUCGAGAGGAGAAAACGUUGUUUUGUUGGCUAAGACUGUAAAGUAAAACGAAUUGAUUUUUGCGUGGUACAUAUUUAUAUAGAUUGCAGUUAAGCGUAGUUGGUUCAGAAAAUAGAAAACAAUUUCAUUCGGCCAAGACAUGUCACUUAUCAAUUUUUGCCACUAGGGAAUUUUGCUUACUAACGACUUCUAGGCGCAAAAUUCUUAAUUCUUGAAACAAAAAUACUUGUAUUAUGCGACUGAUAAGAAAUUUUCGUAUCAUUGAGAAAAAUUUUUACAAGAAUAUACCACUAAAUUCGUACACUAGAAAGAUUUAUCACGGGGAGGAUCACGAAACACUUGGAUAGAAAAAAAAAAUCACAUUUUAAAAAAAAUUUAGUUUCUUUUCUAGCCAAGAGUUAUAAUGGAGAGGGUACAAUUGGUUCAUUUGAUAUUAGGGUAUCGGAAAAAGAGGCCGAGAAUGUAGUCAUGUAACAUAAACAAGUAAAAAAGCUUAAUUCAAAAUUUUCCGUCUGAAGGUAAAGGCUGACCAUUUAAAAAUGUUAACCAGUUUAGUUUAGAGUACAAAUAUUCAUUAUUUUUCCCAGAAAGUAGUAAAGUGUGUCAAUUUGAAAGUGAAAAUAUUCAGACCUAUUUUGUACACCACAAGUCAUGAGUAUUUUUCUAUGUUUUCAGGGCAGUUUUCUCACAAACUUUGUAUAAUGUUUGUACACAUUGUAGGUUAAAUUCAACAUGCAUUGGUAAUGUACAUGGGUGUCUUAGGGGUGAAGCUUUUGAAAAAUAAUGGAUAUCACAAUGCAGACAUUAGUUUAAAUAAAAUUAUUGAUUGACUAGAUGGCGUGUGCUCCAUCUCUUUCUUUGAGUAGAAUUUUCGAGCUGUUUUUUUGAGCUUAGAUUAGAAACUCCUGGUUGUUUGUUUUUUUAUGUUUCUCUUGAAACUUUGUUAGGAAUUCACACAUUAUUUUUGAGAACUACUAUAGUGAUGUUGAUGUAAGGAUUAGACGUAAAGGAAUUGAGUUUUUUGCUAUGUCAAUAAAAUUACAUCAAGAUUAAAAAAAAUAAAUUUUAGUUUUGUUCCAAAAGCCUGGCGAAAAUAAGUAGUAAGGUUGAAAUCUAUCAUUUGUGGAAUCUUGUUGUGUGCAUCCACAACGCUCCAAUUUUGAAUUAGCUAUCUUUUGUUAUCAUGUUAAAGAGUAUAACCUUGAGCUGGUUAAGCUGAUGAAUUCAAACUUUGUAAAUAAAAUUAUAUCUUUGUCGUUGUA